GUUUUGGUUUUUUUUUGAGUGGUUUUGGUUUGGAUAUGCGGAAAAAUAGUAGGUAAUUAAAUAUUUUGUGAUGAUAAAAAAUGCAAGUUAUUAUAGCUAUUUGCAAUAACUAAAUGAUUAACAUAUUUUCCUUAACAAUAUGUCACAGAGAAUGGGGCACAAAAUAUAGCGUGAUGUGAAUGCAAAAAUGGACAUGAGUGAACAGCAAGUCCUGGAAAAUCGUCGUCUGAAGAAUGGAACUAUGAAUUUAUCAAUGUCGUCUCAAUCAACCACUCACUGGAAAGAAUUUGUGUGUGGAGGAGGGGCAGCAUUCUGUAACAUCGUUAUUAGUUAUCCGCUGAAUAAACUCAUCUUCAGGCAGAUGAUGCAUGGUGUUGAAGCUACAUUUGCAUUAAAUCAACUACAAAAAGAGGGAUUAGGUUACUUGUAUCGUGGUAUGUUACCUCCUUUAUUACAAAGAACUUUAUCAAUGUCUCUAAUGUUUGGAAUUUAUGAUGAAUGCCUAAGACCUCUUCUUGACCAUAAAGUUAAUCCAUAUGUAGCUAAAACUAUAGCUGGUGUCGUUGCUGGCUGCUUUGAAGCAACACUCAUGCCUUUUGAGAGGUUACAAACUUUACUUAUACAUCCAAAGUUUCAUCAAGAAUUCAAAAACACUGGUCAUGCAGCAAGAUAUAUUGCAAAGCAUUAUGGUAUCAAGGAAUUUUAUAGAGGUCUCAUCCCUAUAUUAUUACGAAAUGGUCCCUCUAAUGCCAUGUUUUUUAUUAUCAGAGAUGAGGUCAAAGAAAGGCUACCCAAACAGCAAUUGUUGUUUUAUGCUAGUUUGCAAAACUUUAUUGCAGGAGCAUCAAUUGGAGCUUUUUUGAGCACCUUAUUUUACCCCCUUAAUGUUAUAAAGAUAGCAAUGCAAUGUGAAUUGGGUGGAGUCCAUAGAACAAUUUCAUAUGAAUUUAAGUAUGUUUUGUGGAAGAGAGGUUCAAAUUUUGCUAAUUUGUAUCAUGGUGCACUACUCAAUAUAUCAAGAGCAUUUCUAAGUUGGGGUAUAAUAAAUGCAUCCUAUGAGAUUUUUAGAAAAGCGUUAUAUCCUUAGUGUUGCCAUUCUUAUUUCUUAGUCCAUUUUUGUUUCAUUUCAUGAAGCAACUUGUUAUUUAUUUAUAUGAUAAAAUGAUGUGAUCAUGACAGGAUGUGUGUAUUAUUAAAACAAUAAUUUAAAAUAUUAUUUCAGCCCUGUGAUUUCUAUUCUUAAUUAAAAUGUAAUAAACUGUUAGUUAUUGUUUAAAAAUAUAUUUAUGGAAAAUAUAUUAUAUCUUUUGUUUAGCAAUACACUGUACAAUAUAAUCAUGGCUAUGUAAAUGUAAAAUAAUAUAUUUAUGUAUAGUCGGUUUAGAAAUGAUGUUGCUUAUUAACUUUUACUGUAAAGAUAAGAGAUGGCUUUAUACUGGCCGGCAAGUAACGGAUGUAAUGCAAAAAAAUUCUUUGUAUGAAAUUUAACUCCCACAUCUUAGCAGAAUCAGGGCACAAUCCCAGGGUAAGCUGGGCAAUUGCCCAGGGAAUUGUGACAGUUUUGUAUAACCUAAUGUGCUGUUGAUUGUACAUAUUUUUAGAUGUGACUGUACAAACAUUUGUGUAUUAGUGAAUAUUGAUUAUAGUGUCAAUAUGAAUGAAUUGUUUAGUAAACAAUGAGAAAGUAAUUAAAAAAGAAGCUACUAAAAUAAAUGCCGCAUAUACCAUAGUCAAUACUUUUUUUCAAUUGGAUGGUAUCAAAAUAUGCCAGUCCGUGAAUGUCAUUCCUUUACAUGUUACAAAAUUUGGAUAUUAAAAUCUUCCAAAUAAAGAGAAUGAUUAUGAAACUCAGUUUACUUUUAUUACAACAGAAGUAAAACAUGAUGCAUAUUGUAAAUAAUUUCAUUGAAUGCUUUUGUAGCAUUUAACAUAUGUAGCAACAUGUAGUUUUCUUUUUAAUACUUUCUCACUAAUGAAUAAUAGAUAAUUAUUCAAAAACAUUAGUUCCAAUUGAUAUCUAUUUUAUUAUGCAAUGUUCAAGCAAACAUUAAAAAAUUAAUUGUUUAAAUCAAUAAAUUGUCAUGAAAAUUAUGAAAUGGUUAUUAAAAUAGC